AUGCAUUCUCCAGUGAACGUUCGCCAUGUAGCUCCUCUGAAAAUUAUCUCAAAGCGUGAUAGAAACUUGUAUGAAUCUCCCUCAACACAGAGCGCUCCCUUGGAGGAUCUGCUUCGUCGAUGCCACUUUGAUUGGGCUCAAGAUGUCGAAGACGCGGCAACCGACGCUAGUUUACCUAUGGCUGCCAUGACAAAGUCCCUUCAUUAUCGUGCACCUAAUUCAACUAGGUACGACGAAUCCUUUCCAACUACCAAUCUUGUUUCUACCCCCCGGUUUCAGCCAUCCUUUUCAACCCUAUACGAAGAGGUUUGGGAUGAGCUGUGGGGCUGGGCCCAUGGAGCUACAGAUUCGACUUCAAGCGCUCCCGAAGAAACCCAGUAUGAACUCUGUGAGUCCACCAAUGCGUCUUCAAGUUACGAGAGGUCGCUCUCCGAUGACGAAUUGUACUGGGGGCAAUUGACACCAAACACAGCUUCUGAAGUCUCUUCAGUUGCACAGCAAUCUGUUGAUACCAUCUUUGCCGAUCGUCAAGCCUGGAUUGAAGCCGAUGAGGAUAUACAUCACUUCAACUGGAUGGGAAUGCGAACAUACACCCAUAGCUCAACUUCCCCAUGCGAUUCGCUUGCCAAAAUAUUGGCGAAACCGAAGAACCCACAAGGAAGUGCCACCUGGAGAAUUCUAUCGCUUCUGAACCGAGCAGGAGACUACAUAGACCCGGUCGUUGUACUUCUAGAUGACACCGAGAAUGCCUUGUUCAACCUCCGGGGAUCAGAGCUUGUACGUGCCUCAACUGGACGGGUCUUCAAAUACUACUCCCCUCAUGGAACCUGGCUUGAAGACCCGGAAGAUUCUGGUGAAGCAACAAGUACGGACUUUGGCAAUGUGCAAACAUACGGUGCUACGGAUUUGGCUAUUGGAAAUGGCUUUGUGGAGUCUAGUGCUAUUCGAUCAGUUUCCCAGUGGGCAGAGUGUCGGAAUGAAGCCUGUGAUGCCUCUUGGGGUCGGUUCCCGCAGAGGGUGACCUGGGUGCGGAGACCUUCGCGGUUGAGCCAAUGUCAAUCAAUCUCGCCAGAAAUAUUCCCACAUGCACGAAAGUUAGAGACCAUCGAGGGGGUCGAAAAACUACCUCCCACAAUUACAAUGUGUGGUGUUGAAGCACCACCUGAGGAGUAUUUUUCUUUUCCCACUCCUGUCUUUGGUCGUCGUAGGGGGAUCAAGCAAGCGUUCUCAAAGGCUCGACAGGGACUGGAAUCCAUGCUAAAACUAUUAAGAGAUAAGUUUGCUUAG